AUGACUAAUUCGAGGAAGAGCAAGAUCAAAGGCGGGAUUCAAUCUUGCACUACGAAAGACUCACCUGAGCAGCCAAUGGAAUGGGCAGAUCCUCGAACUCUGUUCUAUAGUGAAAUAAUCGCGAGUUAUGAAGACGAAUGUAGGAAAAACUCGGAUUUAGCUGUUGAAAAACUGGUUCUAUUACUUUCCCGUUUGCCACCGAUAGGGACUAUUCUUCAAUCUGGACGAUCGGCAAUUGUCGAACUUGAAGAGUCGCUUUCAUCAUUACCACAGCAAUGUUUCCUCGGAAGACUACCCGGCGAGGUACUGCUUCGGAUUAUUCGCCAGCUACCAAUGACAACAAUGCUGUCGUUGGCCUGUACUUGUAAGACAUUCAACAGAAUAAUCAACGAACAACAACAUAAUCUUAAGAAUUUUGAUUUUCGAGAAGAUCGCAUUAUUAUGAUUGGCGUAAGACGAGCACAAAAUGAUACUUUUGAUGAGGUAGAGCGGUAUUUGCACUGCUCGGAAGUGCCAGUCGACAACAAACUUGAGUAA